AUGGCUUCCCCAACACUAAUAACUCCAACCUCCACCCCGAAACCACUCACCCCCAUCAAGCACAAACCCACCACCGUCAUCUCCGCCACCCUUACCCCAACCACCGCCACCACCACCCACCCACGCCGCCGCGAAUUCUUGUCCCUCACCGCCUCUGUCGUGUCCUCCGUGGUUCCGCUGGCCCCGGCAGUGGCUGCGUCGGACGAGGAGUACGUGAAGGAGACGGAGGAAGUGAUCAGCAAGGUGAGGACGACGAUCACGUUGGAAAAGAACGACCCGAACGUGGCAACGGCGGUGGCGGACUUGAGAGAAAGUUCGAACUCGUGGGUGGCGAAGUUCAGGAGGGAGAAAACGCUUCUGGGAAGGGCUUCGUUCAGGGACAUGUACUCGGCGCUGAAUGCUGUCUCCGGACACUACAUUAGCUUCGGACCAACAGCUCCCAUUCCGGCGAAACGAAGGGCGAGGAUCUUGGAGGAGGUGGACACCGCCGAGAAGGCGCUUCUAAGAGGAAGAUGA